AGGUCGUAUCCCGAUAUCUCCUACACCUGGCCAAAUAGCCUUGCUAUCAAAUGGAUCCACGAGCGGCCCAUUGGGGGAUCCCGAGUCGUUGAACAAUGGUCGGACGCUGAUACGAGGCAUCUCUUAUGGGUUGAGCCACCUCAAAUGAUGGCUUUAAACUGCCAGCCCGUCAUCGAAACCGCCAGUACUCGAAUUAUUCUAGAUUGCAGUAGCAAACGGGUGCUCUCGUAUAAGGUCCUGGAUACAUUAUACGCAUACAAAUAUGUGUGGAACGCUCCCUGGACCAAAUAUCGCACAAAAUUCUACUGGGACGGUCCCGUGCAGAAACUGAAGAUCACAGUUAGCCACGGAGUGCUCUUUAAGACCGCACUUCUUGGAGCCGCAGAUGUGAGAAGAUUUGGGGGGAACUCAAACUUCGAUUCAGCCGGAGAUGGAAUGGAGGACACUUCAGAACAAUCGUUCAAUUUCCGACAGACCGGGCUCAAUGUCGAUUAUAUGACUUAUUCAAUGUUAUCAUUACAAGACUUUGGUCACCGAAAGCUGCUUGAUGCCGCCGUAUUGGAGCGAACCGCGCAAUGCGCAUUCUCAACCAUAUAUAAACACCUCGUCAAUAAAUAAUUAUCUCUAACAACAGGUGGUUAUGUCUAUCGACGGUUCGGGGGAAAUAUUUCCAGAUGAUAUCG